CGGCGGCCGCUGCCCUCCUCUCAGUCCUGCUCGGCAGCAGCAACAACAGCCUGGGUAGCGGUACUGCUGCUGCCGCUUUCUCCUCUUCCUCCUCCGCUUCGUUCUUCCCCUCCCGGGGCACGAUGCAGUUCAUGCUGCUUUUCAGUCGCCAGGGGAAGCUGAGACUCCAGAAGUGGUAUGUCCCAUUAUCCGACAAAGAGAAGAAGAAGAUCACAAGGGAGCUCGUUCAGACCGUGCUGGCUCGCAAGCCCAAAAUGUGCAGCUUCCUGGAGUGGAGAGACCUGAAGAUCGUCUACAAAAGAUAUGCAAGCCUCUACUUCUGCUGUGCCAUAGAAGAUCAGGACAAUGAGCUGAUCACGCUGGAGAUCAUCCAUCGCUACGUGGAGCUCCUGGACAAGUACUUUGGCAGUGUCUGUGAGCUGGACAUCAUCUUCAAUUUUGAGAAGGCCUACUUCAUUCUGGAUGAGUUCCUGCUGGGAGGGGAAGUCCAGGAGACCUCCAAGAAGAACGUCCUCAAAGCCAUCGAGCAGGCGGACCUUCUGCAGGAGCCACGCCAUGAGUACUUUAAUGUGCCAGUGUACUAAAUGCCUCCCUCCAGCAUGCAUGCAGAGCUGCAGAGGAGACAGAGCUGUGCCUGCCUCAUCACCACAUUGCCAUCAGCUUGCUGAAGCCACUCAUCUCUCCAGCCUAACAGCCUGCCACGCACCAUCCCCCUGCUGCUGGGCUGCCCUCUCCCCUCCCCUGCUGGAGUCUCUGUGUCUUGCCCUGCCUCUCAGUUUCGCUCUGCUGUUGUCUGCCAGGC